UCUAUUUAAGUACAUGUACACUGUCGUGUGAAGACAACAAAAGUGACUUACCAUCCACAACCCUAAACCAACCCUCUCCCUCCACUUUCUUAUAUAUCUUGUUCGAGACUUCUCUCUUGUGUGCUUGAUGCUCAAGAUUUGUCGCCUCCAUAAUAUCGCUACCGUGACCCUGCAUCCACAGUAACAGUACCCUUUCGAUCAUUCCAUGGAGGAUUCUUCAGCUGGUGAAGACACCAAGACUUGUCCUCGUGGCCACUGGAGACCCGCUGAGGAUGAAAAGCUUAAACAACUUGUUGAACAAUAUGGUGCCCAAAACUGGAAUUCAAUCGCUGAGAAGCUCCAAGGAAGAUCAGGGAAAAGUUGCAGGUUAAGGUGGUUCAAUCAGCUUGACCCAAGAAUCAACAGAAGACCAUUCACGGAAGAGGAAGAAGAGAGGUUACUCGCAGCUCAUCGCAUUCAUGGGAACAAGUGGGCACUCAUAGCGAGACUCUUCCCUGGUAGAACUGAUAAUGCUGUGAAGAACCACUGGCAUGUUAUAAUGGCGAGAAAACAAAGGGAACAGUCCAAAUUAUGUGGUAAGAGAAGCUUCCAAGACGUUUACAACGAUUCCAACAACACUUCCUCGUUCCUGGAAAAGAGAACACCGCAAUCUCAAGACCUAUUGUUCAGUACGAGAUUCGGGUUGGAGAAUGGAAGAUUCUUUGACUUCCGAAGCCUCGACAAUAAUAAGGAUAAGGAUAAUAAUAAUAAUAAUCAUAAUCAUAGGAUAGUUGCAGAUACUCCAUCUAGUUCUCUGGCGUCUUGGAAUUUUGCUUCUGUGCCAACCACCACAAACGGUUCUACUGUAGUGGAUAGAAAAGGAGGGAGAGACUAUUUCAACAGUGCUUCUUCUGAUAUUUAUCUCUCGGAAUGUUCCAGAACCUCGGAUAGGUCCUUUCUUUACAGAAUUUAUCCGAAUCCUGCGUUCUCGCUUCCAAACUACAAGAGGGUUGUGCCAAGUCCCUUUGGCUUCCUCGCUUCUUCUGAUGAUGGAAUUGGAAGGAUAAAGAGGGAAUUGAUGAGUUUCGGGGAUAACUCAUCCACAUUCUCAAAGUUGGAGAAAGAUCAUCAACAAACAAAUGAAGAUGAGACCAAUACCGAGCCCAAAGAAGUUCCCUUCAUUGAUUUUCUUGGUGUGGGUGUCUCUUCAUCAUAAUGACAACCAAUGAAGGGUUUAAUUAUUUAACUUCCUAUGUUAAUGAUACUUCUUAUAUGAUCUUUAGUUUAAUUAGCUUUCUAGUUUUCACCCCACCAUUAUGAUGAAUUCUAGCGAUUAGCAAAUAGCAUGUCUCUAGCUCGUACCUAGUUUAGUUUGUAUCUGCAGAAGGCUCUCGUAAUUAUGAGGCCUUUCGACGUUUCUCAGGUUGUGUUUAGAGUGAAAAUUUUCCAA